AUGACAACUUCAGAAAAGUUUGUGCAGCCGUCCAUUCCCAAGUUCGAUGGCCAUUAUGAUUAUUGGUCAAUGAUGAUGGAGAACUUUCUAAGGAGUAAGGAAAUGUUGAAUCUGGUUGAUGAAGGAAUCCUUGCAGCAGCAAUUGGGUCAGCUUCGGCGAGCGAGGCGCAGAGAAAGACGGUGGAAGAAGCCAAACUCAAAGAUCUGAAGGUCAAGAAUUUUCUGUUUCAGGCCAUUGACAAAGAAGUUAUUGAAACAAUUCUUGACAAGGGAACCUCAAAAGCAAUUUGGGACUCAAUGAAGCGAAAAAUAUCAAGGGUAUACAAAGGUGAAAAGGGCACAACUGCAGGCAUUAAGAAGGGAGUUCGAGUUGCUGGCCAUGAAAGAAGGAGAGAAAAGGAAUCAAAUUAUCUAAGUACUCUGAGUAUUGAUGAAUUACAUGGAAGUUUACUAGUUCAUAAACAAAGAAUGCAAGGAUACCAAGAGGAGGAACAUGUGUUAAAAGUGGCUCAUGAUGAUCGAUCAAACAGGGGUAGAGGUCGAGGCAUGUUCAGAGGAGGAUGUGGCAGAGGUAGAGGGAGACAACCCAUGAACAAAGCAGUCAUUGAAUGUUUCAAAUGCCACAAAUUAGGACAUUUCCAAUAUGAAUGUCUUGACUGGGAAAAGAAAGCCAACUAUGCUGAAUUAGAAGAAGAGGAACUUUUGUUGAUGGCAUAUGCAGAUAUUCAUCAAGAAAAGAAAGAAGAGAUAUGGUUCCUGGAUUCAGGCUGCAGCAACCACAUGACGGGAAACAAAGAGUGGUUUUUUGAAUUGGAAGAAAAUUUCAAUUGA